AUGAUGAUCUCCGAUAAGCCUCGGCCGGAAAAUUCUCGGCCGGUGAGAUCUCGAUACCUAUCAACACCGUCGUUACCGCCGUCUCCGAGUCAUAACCACCCUCUCUCUCCUAAUCGCCAACAGAAACCCAAAUCGUCUUCCAAACACACUGGAUUGCUACGUGGAGUUUGGCCUUCUUCCCACUCAUCAAAAUCCCACGAUGACAAUUCACCGACCACCACCCUCGCUGAAUACCUCGGGAACGAUCGGAAAAGGGACAGCGGUGGUGGUUCGACACAUCUUAGUAAGCAGAAAAGUUGUUCCGAGUUUAGUCGGUUCGAGAAUGAUCCAAAAAAGCAAAGCAACUUGAAGGAGAAUCAGAAACCCCUUUUUAGAGGUGGGUCAAUGAGAUACGCCGGAAAGUUCAGAUUUCCGGGAAGAUCAUCAACUUCUUCAUCGUCAUCCUCCUCCAAGUCUUCGGAGUUUCUUGAUCACUCUGGUGAAAUUAUAAUUCCCGGGAGAUUAUCAGUGGAUGAAAAUGAACUUCGCCGAAGAUCGUACUCCGACCGGAUGAGAUCAGAUUCUUUCUCCGACGACUCCGAGUGUAGUGAUAUGGGAUCUCCAUUCAUCAUAGGAAGAAACUCACCGGCGUCAUACAUGGCACCCACAUUAAGCUCUAGAAAAUCUGGACUCGAAGUUCCAUCGAAGUACAUGAACUCACCAUUAUCUACCGCUAAUUCUCCUACCAAAUCCACAAUCAAGAACGCCAUGAAAAAGGCAAACUCAUUAGCUCUGCCAUCCAGAUGGGGUUCAUCGGGGGGACGAUCUGAAUCACCACCAACACCGACAAACUCUUCGUUUUCGAGAUCAAAGCCUCCAACAAGUCCAUCAAGAACUGGUAAAAAGAAUUUUCUGCAUAUGGGCCUUGAUUUGAUCAAGCUUAAGAAAAGCAGCAGGUCUGGUUGUUUGUCACCUCUCGGGGCCGGUAUGGGCAUGGCGGAGGGUGUUCAUCAGUUAAGAAUGAUGCAUGGAAGUUGGAUGCAGUGGAGAUACACCAAUGCUAGAGCUAACGUCGUUAAUGGAACCCUAGAUAACAAAGCUAAGAAAGAUUCAUUACACGCAUUAGAGAACAUCACGAAGUUACAGCAAUCCGUGUUGCAACAGAGAUUGCAAUUGGAGAAAGAGAAGUUAGAACUGAAGCUCAACUUUAUAGUCAAUCCUCAAAUGAAGAUGUUGGAAGCAUGGAGAGACAUCGAAAGGAAACACACAUCAGACGUUUCAGUAAUCAAAGACAGCUUAGAAGCUGUUGCUUGUAGGGUACCCCUUGUUGAAGGAGCUAAGAUGGAUUCUCAAACAACUUCGCUUGCACUAAGACAAGCAACGGAUUUGGUUGCCUCCGUCAUCUCUAUGAAAUCUUUUCUAACGCCCACGACUCGGGAGACUGUUUCAACUUUUUCGGAGCUUGCAAAGAUCGCAUUCGAGGAGAAAUUGUUGCUUGAAGAGUGUAUUGAACAUUUGAGAGUUAUUUCAACAUUAGAGAUUCAGGAGAGGAGCUUAAUGUGUGGCAUUAUUGAGAUGAUUUCAUCUGAAGAUCAAUAA